AUGUCUUCCGCUGCCGCCAGCCCACAAUCAACCAUUCCCCCAAGCCAACGGAGACGUUCCCUCCUCGAGCUUUCCGAAAAGCUCCGAGAGCUGGCUAAUAUGCAGGUCCAGCCAGAAUCAGACAACAUAGGGAGCAUGCUUGAGUUUCGCGAUCUUAUUCACCAGCUCUGCCAGGAGGAACCGGCAGUUGCACAAGCCAUCGCUAUAGCAAUACGAGAAAACAUUCCAGACCUGGCUUCGCGACCACCCUCAAAACGAAAACAAAGACAAGAUCCGCCUUAUCGGCCGAGUCACGCGAUGCAGUCAGCUCCAAGGAAGAAGCGAUGUACUGCCGACCAAAACGCACUUGAAGAGCCUAUGACUCCGGAGAGUCCGAUACUAGAGAGCGAAAUUUCGGAAAAUGAGGAAACGUUAAGUUUCACGACUUGUCUUGACACCGAUGGGCUCAGACCCGUAUCUCAGCAUGGAAGCAAGGUAGACAUUUACUCGACGUCGCUUGCCAUGGAUGAAGAGAACACCGCAAGAAGCGACUGCAACACAAUGUCCAUAAGCAACACCAGGCAGCGAACAGAGUCGCCAUCCGUGUCUGAACAGGAUCCCAGCGAGAGUGUGUCCUUCCUGGAUACGGUCCACCAGAUGGUCGACAUCAUCCACCUGCUGAACAAGUAUCAAACCGAUCUGCCACGCACUGUCCAUCAAAGGAUCCUGCAGAGUCUUCACACCACUCAGGAGCCAGUCAUGGACUUAACUGCCCAUCAAUGGUCGGACGGGAGGAUGUGGAUGAAGGUGCUGGAGAGGGGAUCUGCCACCAAUCGGCGGUGUUCCGUACUCAACAUGCUGGAAUAUAUCGGCGCCUCGAAGUGGUACGACAGUCAGAUUGAACAUGCCAAGCGCACAGUCUAUACCAGAGAGAACAAACCUGUGGGUGAGAAGGGAGCAGCAACGCAUGUGCUGGACCGCAUCACAGAGUAUAGUUUGCUGAGUAGAAAGACCAUUACCAACCAGUGCUCGAGGGGGAAGAGAUUACGCGAGCUUGUUGAAAAGGUCGGACUAGGAAUUCUGAUUAGCCCUAAGAUUUGGGAGUAUACAAAGAGAAAGGGACAUCAGUUCAAUCAGCUGGUCCAAGACUUCCAAGCAGAUACUCAACUAUUGGCACUGUUUCGAAUCCUUACUCCACAGGUGGAGCAACUGGUCCACGAAGGCCGCACGAACCCGGAAGUGAUGUACGGAGCUUUAAGAGAGAACAAUCUGAUCUCUGAAAACGAAUUGCAAGAGAUGAAAGCAAAACAUCCAUCAGAAUCUGUGAGAUUCCCAUAUCCAGCUUCUGACUCCAUUUCCGCGGUCGCCUUGAACAAGGCGGUCGAUCGACUAACCAGUCAGGUCAGCACUCAAUUAUUCAAUAAGCGGAAACUAGAUGCAAACGACACGGUCUCAAUCAAUGGAAGUGUGGAACUCUCGAUCGAUUUAUUCGCGCGACUCCGGGCAGGACAAUGGCUCGAUUCUUGGGCCCUCAUGGCAGUCAUGCAUAUCUCAGACCGACCAGAUUUCGUCAGAUUUGGCGAGAGCAUUCCAUUGGACAGCAUCGGAAGACAUGGCCAGAUGCGGCUGAUCAAGCGACCUUUUCAAGGCUGGGCAGGAAAGAUCGCAAUGUUCUGGACAGAAGUAGAAGACAGCACGCCGCUUAUAUUAUACUGUCCCGUCAAUCAUAAAAAUUCACAUUUUACACUGCUCGAGAUCAACGACAGCGAAAAACCUAUUCGACAUUAUGACUCACAAGCACCACUGACCGCUAUGGAUGGCACGAAGAAGACAAGGGUUGCAGCUCUGGUCGAGGAUGAAUUUGGUGAUCUAGGAUACGAAUAUACCGAAGCGCCGACACCGCAACAGCGCGAUGGCUGGAGUUGUGGCGCUCGAGUGGUUUGGAGCUUCAGACGACUAGCCAAUGGAUUGGAUAUUGGGUCAUGGGAGACCGUGCUGAGCUCGGAGGACAUAAACAUGGAGAUCGUGAAUGGGCUCAAGGCAUCUGUAGAGUCGAAUGCUAUGCAGAAAUAUAGCCGAAGACGCAAACGUGAUAUUUAA